AUGGUUGAAGCCGAAUUGACUUUACCUAAGGAAUUUGGAUAUGUGGUGCUCGCCAUCGUUCAUUAUUGUUUCCUCAAUUUCUGGAUGGCUCGACAAGUCGGCAAAGCCCGCCAAAAGUAUAAAGUGUUCUAUCCGACAUUGUACGCAUCCGAGGCAGAAAACAAAGAUGCCAAACUCUUCAAUUGUGUCCAAAGAGGUCAUCAAAGUUCGCUAGAAAUGAUGCCAAUGUUCUUCAUCCUCACCACACUUGCAGGAAUUCGCCACCCAUUUGUCGCCGCCUCUCUUGGCUUUAUCUACACGAUUACGCGCUAUUUCUUCUUCAUUGGCUACUCCACAGGCGAUCCCCAAAAACGUCUCUCAAUUGGGAAAUUUGGAUUCUUGGCACUGAUGGGGCUGAUGGUAUGUUCGAUUUCUUGCGGGAUAAGAUUUAUUCUUGCGUGAAAACUCUGCACCGU